AGAUCUUCAAGAUGAGUCAUCGUAAGUAUGAAGCACCCCGACACGGCUCUCUCGGUUUCCUUCCAAGGAAACGUGCUGCUCGUCACCGUGGAAAGGUCAAGUCUUUCCCAAAGGAUGAUCCCAAGAAGCCUGUGCACUUAACUGCCGUCAUGGGUUACAAGGCUGGUAUGACCCAUGUAGUUCGCGAUCUUGACCGACCUGGCUCUAAAAUGCACAAGCGCGAGGUUGUCGAGGCCGUGACUGUCAUUGAAACCCCCCCGAUGAUUGUUGUCGGUCUUGUUGGAUACGUCGAGACACCCCGUGGCCUUCGCACACUUACUACCGUUUGGGCGUCACAUCUUUCUGACGAAAUUAAACGUCGCUUCUACAAGAACUGGUAUCGCUCGAAGAAAAAGGCUUUCACCCGCUACGCCAAGAAGCACGCUGAAGAUGGUGGCAAGUCCGUCGCUCGCGAACUCGAACGUAUCCGCAAAUAUUGCACUGUUGUUCGUGUCCUCGCUCACACUCAGAUCCGGAAGACUGGUCUCAGCCAGAAGAAGGCGCACUUGAUGGAGAUUCAACUUAACGGCGGUUCCAUUGCCGAUAAGGUUGAGUUCGGUCAGGCUCUCUUCGAGAAACCAGUAGAGGUUUCGACGGUCUUCGAGCAGGAUGAGUGUGUGGACGUUAUUGCUGUCACCAAGGGUCAUGGAUUCGAGGGUGUUACCCACCGUUGGGGAACGAAGAAGCUUCCUCGUAAGACUCACAAAGGGCUUCGCAAAGUUGCUUGUAUCGGAGCAUGGCAUCCUUCUAAGGUCAUGUUCUCAGUCGCCCGUGCUGGUCAAAAUGGUUAUCAUCAUCGCACUGAGCUCAACAAGAAAAUUUACCGCAUUGGCUCUGGCACGGAUGAGGCCAAUGCGUCAACCGAAUCUGACAUCACCAACAAGUCCAUCACUCCUAUGGGUGGCUUCCCUCAUUAUGGUAUUGUCAAGAACGACUUCCUCAUGCUCAAGGGUUCGAUUCCUGGGACUAAGAAGCGUGUGAUCACCAUCCGCAAGUCGCUGAUGGUGCACACAUCUCGUCGGGACUUGGAGAAAGUGCAACUAAAAUUCAUCGACACUUCGUCCAAGUUCGGGCACGGUUCCUUCCAAACGUUCGAAGAAAAGUCUGCAUUCCUUGGAACGCUCAAAGCCCGGGCUUGAUCGUCUUUAUAUCUUGUCGUUUUGUUGUAUUUUGACAUCACCCAUAUUGCACACUUUUACGCUAGCUUUGAGUACCCCACAUGACAUGAAUAAAUAUGCGAAGACGUACUGCUUUUGUUGGAUC